CGGACACGGAGGCAAGGUCCUUUCACACAAUUUUCGAAGACAAAACAUUUGCGUUUGCACUCGCAUCAAAUCCAACCUACUUUACUUUCACAAACUGCAACCAUGUCCUUCCCAGCAGCCGGUCUUAAGCGAAUCUGUGAGCUCAACGCUCAUGGUAUCCUUGCCCUUGCCCGUUACAAAGUUGACAAAGGUUCCAUCUUGGCUAUCAAAGAGGCAAUGCUCGCCAUGGAUCACCUGUGCGCUGUUUCUGAUGGUGGAUUCCAAGCAUCUCCCGAUGCAUCUCUCGCUUUUCGUGUGGUGCCUGUGCCUGGCCUUGACGACGGCAACUUUUACAUUUAUAACCAUGCGUUUCUGGUGUCCCCUGCCAUGAUGAACAUGCAACCAGGGGGGCCCCAGCAGUUCCUGCCUCAAGGAGUGUUGUCUAGCACAAACAUGGCCGUCUUUUGUGCAAUCCUCACCUUCAACAUGGCUCUUACGUACCAUCAGUUGGGACAGCAGUCGGGUGACAGUCGCAAGCUACGCACUGCCUGCCUCCUCUAUGGUAACUGCAUGGAGAUGGCAAGCUCCGUCGAAGGCCUGCCCCAACCGGCCGUGGGAGACGACUUGUUCAUUCUGCACAUGGUGGCCAUGAACAACGCCGCACAGAUCCAGUACACCCUGGCGAACUUUGCCGAGAGCGAUCAGCUCUUGACACAUGUGCGCCGGAUGAUGUUGCAACUCCUUGACAGGGACAGGACUCUCGGUGCAACCGCGACUCACAUGGACCUCGUCAGCAUGCUCCCCAGAGAAUGCAUGGACGAGAUCAACUUGAACUGCGCUGUUUGCAUCAAGCCUCACACCGCCCCGACUGCUUGAGAAGCCAAGCAAACCCAGGCAGCCUGCCACUUCUUGGCUCUGUCUGGCUUUUAUCCAACUUUCAUUUUUCAACGAUUUUGUGCCCCUCCUGCCUACGUCUUUGAGUCCAAGCAUGCUCCGAUUUUGCCUAUUGUGAGCCACACCACCCUGCCUCCCGCAAAUGUAUCAUCUAGGCUAUAUAAACAACUUCCAUAAAACGACCACUUUUGCCUU